AAAAGGCAGAAAUCCCGUGUGGCCCUAAUGAACUUCCCCACCUCCCGCCCUAUAUACGCAGGAAACUGCCGCCAUGAAGUCAACCAGAGGAGGUGGAGAAGCAGAGGGAGAGAAGAUGAGUACGGUUGAGUCGUCUGCUCAGGGUCAGAAGCAAAGCCCUCCGCCCCGGGAUGCGAGGGAGGAAAUGGAGCGGGUGUUCAGGCGGUUCGACACGGACGGCGACGGGAAGAUAUCGGUGUCGGAGCUCGGCGAGCUCCUCCGGGCCUUCGGCUCCGCCGUCUCGGAGGACGAGGCGGCCCGGAUGAUGCGCGACGUCGACGUCAACGGCGACGGCUUCAUCGACAUGGACGAGUUCGCGCAGAUCAACGGAGCCGGCGGGGAGACGGGGGCGGCCGGCGGAGGCUGCGAGGAGCAGGGCCUGAGGGAGGCGUUCGCGAUCUACGAUCUGGACAAGGACGGGCGCAUCUCCGCGAAGGAGCUCCACCGAGUCCUCGGCCGUAUGGGCGAGAAGUGCUCCGUCAAGGAGUGUUGCCGGAUGAUCAGCUCCAUCGACGCCGACGGCGACGGCCACGUCAACUUCGAUGAGUUCAAACGGAUGAUGAGCCCGUCGUCCGCGCCUUCUCCUUCCCCGCGCUCACCGACCUCCGCUGCUCGGGCAACCACCGGUGGCCAGAGAAAAUGAAAAUCCGGGAUCCCUUUCCUGAAGAUGCUGGCUAUGCACACUAAUCUCUCCGUAACUAGGGCUCUAAAAGAUGUUCUUAGGGUGACUGAUCGUUUGUUUUCCCUUUGUUAAUCUGGUUUCCAAGAAGGUUUGUACUUCCAUGAAUAUAAUCUCUUCGUUUCA